CCUGUGUGGGCUCUUAUUCACGUUUAUUUGUUCUUGCUCUUCGACCAUUCUUACAACUCAAACUCCCUCAUUCCAAAACCUUCGUCAUCUCUCAAAGUAUCCCAUUCCCUCUCAUCUGUCCGAUCUAUCUCCCCAAAGAAGUCUCCUCUUCCCUCUCGGUUUGCCUCACAACAUCGAAAACACUGAUUUCGUUGGACACUAGUUGUGUUUGAAGGAAGCAAGACCCUAUCAAUCAUAAGAUUUCACUUUAUUUGGUAAUAUGCACUGAAUUGUCUUGCAGUUUCGUUAGGUAUUUCAAAACCCUAGUUGGGGGGGGGGGGGGGACUUGUAGCCGUGUGGGUGUAUUUGUGGUAUAGAGUGCUGGGAAGAUAUUAUCCACGGAGGUUGUAUUACUACUCUCCUCCUGCGCCACAGGACAGCUAACUAUUUAUUCAACACUGUUCAGUAGAGUGAAAUCAAGGAAAUGUCGAAGAAAAUAAUCACAAGAGAAGAGUGGGAGAAAAAGUUGAAUAAUGUUAGGAUUAGAAAAGAGGACAUGAAUAAACUAGUGAUGAACUUCCUAGUCACCGAAGGUUUUGUGGAAGCUGCAGAGAAGUUCAGGCUGGAAUCAGGAACAGAACCUGACAUAGAUCUUGCCACCAUUACCGAUCGGAUGGCAGUUAAGAAAGCAGUACAGUGUGGUAAUGUUGAGGAUGCAAUCGAAAAGGUUAAUGAUUUAAACCCUGAGAUACUGGAUACAAAUCCCCAGCUUUUUUUUCAUCUCCAGAAACAAAGGUUCAUUGAGAUGAUAAGGAAUGGGAAGGUGGAGGAGGCUUUAGAUUUUGCUCAGGAGGAACUUGCUCCAAGGGGAGAAGAAAAUCAAGGGUUUUUGGAGGAGCUGGAGAGGACAGUCACAUUGCUGGCAUUUGAAGAUGUUGCAAACUGCCCUUUGGGAGAUCUUUUAGAUAUAUCACAACGUAUGAGGACAGCAAGUGAGGUGAAUGCUGCAAUUCUCACCAGCCAAAGCCAUGAAAAAGAUCCCAAGCUUCCAAGCUUGCUGAAGCUGCUAGUAUGUGCACAAAACCAACUUGAUGAGAAAGUUGCUUAUCCUCGCAUUAAGGAUGUUUCCACAGCCACACUUGAAGACCCAUCUGCUUAGGAGUUCAAACAUGUAUAUCUAUAAUCCAAACAGUAUGAGUAUGUGUGUCUUUCCGCUGCUCUGGAAAUGCUUUGCUCGUGGGGUGGGGGUUACUUGUCUGGAAUCUGGAUACUUGACGCUGUUGGGGUUUUAGAAUUAUUACUUCGGUGGUUGUUAGGUUCUAUGGCUUGCUAGAUUUAUUCCAAGUAACCCAUGAGAACUGACGCAUAAAAUACAUAAAUAAAUCAUUUUUUGUGCACCC